CAUCUCCCCAGAGCAAAGCCGCCCGCCGCAGUGGGCUGGGAUCUGUCUCUCUGUCGGAGCUGUCUCUCGCUAGGAUCUGUCUCCCUCUCUGUUCCAGGUGGCCACUUCUGACUGGCGAAGGGAGUACACACCGAUUCGGUUAAGAUAAGCGGAAGCAUCCGCUGAAGGUCCGAGAUGGAAACGUCAAUCUCAUCGCCCUGACGGACGCUCCGACGGGAGCCCGCGGGAAGAGGAAAGUCGCUGGUGUAUGAGGUGCCGUGUGUGGGCCGGGAAUACCGGCGUGACAGCUCGGCCCUCCUGGUCCUGCUACAUUUUUUUUUUUCAAUCGAUUGAGGGAGGGAGGAACAGAAAAAAAAGCGUUCAUUCGAUUCCUCACGUUUGUUCAUUUUGUCGGCAUGUGUCCAAGUCACUGGAGGUCUCCAAUCCAAAUCGGUCGCCAAAAGACAUGCCCCCUGUCAGUAAUGUGGUAGAGCCCUGGUCCUAACUGCCACCAUCGUCCUCUUCAACCCCCACCCCCCCCCACCCACCAAGAUGUCCUCCUCAUGCGGCCCCCCCGCCCUGCUCCACCUCCAGGAGAUGGCCUCCCCCAGGACCUCGGAGUGCAUCGGGGCCCCCCUCUACGGGCCCCCGGGGGGCCUGGGCCCUCACACCGUCUGCAUCCCCUCGCCGUACGCGGACUGCAGCCAGGACUACGCCCCGCCCCCCCACGGACCCCUCACCUUCUACGGCUCCUCCCUCAUGGCCUACGAGCGGCAGCCAAUGGCAGAGCCGGGCUCCGGACGGCCCCUCAGCCCCUCCCUCUUCUGGCCGACGCAGACCCCCCACCAGGAGAUGACGUCGCCGGCGCUGCACGGCGCGCCCCACCCCCCACCGAUGUACGGGGAGCCCCCCGCAGAGGGCCAGCUUGGGGGGCCCUGGGUGGAGGCCAAGCCCCUGGGGCUGGGCUCCAACAGAUCGCUGCUGUCGUCCAAUAAGAUGGCGGGGAAGCGGCAGGAGGAGAGGCCGCUGGGCGGGUCCGGGGGGCGCGCUGACAUGCACUUCUGCGCGGUGUGCCAGGACUACGCGUCCGGGUACCACUACGGGGUGUGGAGCUGCGAGGGCUGCAAGGCCUUCUUCAAGAGGAGCAUCCAAGGACAUAACGACUACAUCUGCCCGGCCACCAACCAGUGCACCAUCGACAAGAACCGAAGGAAGAGCUGCCAGGCCUGUCGCCUCAGGAAGUGCUACGAAGUGGGCAUGAUGAAGUGUGGGGUGAGGCGCGAGCGCUGCAGCUACCGCGGCGCACGCCAGCGCCGCGCAGCGGGCGUGGACCCGGCGGCGGCGGCGGCGGCGGCGGCGGCGGCGGCGGCGGCGGCGGCGGCGGCGGCGGCGGCGGCAGCGGCAGAGGGAGCGGGAGGGGGGGGCGGCCGGGGCGGGGCCCUGGUGGGGCUGGGGGCCCAGCAGGGGGGGCUCCGCCUGACGGGCCCCCUGCUGUCCUUCCUGCCCCCCCUGGGCCAGGCGGAGCACCGCGACCCCCCCGCGAUGAGCCCGGAGCAGUUCAUCAGCUGCAUCAUGGAGGCGGAGCCUCCGGACAUCUACCUGAGGGAGGACCUGAAGAAGCCCUUCAACCAGAGCAGCAUGAUGAUGUCACUCACACACCUGGCCGACAAGGAGCUGGUGCUCAUGAUCAGCUGGGCCAAGAAGAUACCUGGCUUUGUGGAGCUGAGUCUAGCCAAUCAGAUCCAGCUGCUGAAGUGCUGCUGGCUGGAGGUCCUGAUGCUGGGGCUGAUGUGGAGGUCCGUGGACCACCCCGGGAAGCUCAUCUUCUCGCCAGACCUCAAGCUCAACAGGGAGGAGGGGAGCUGUGUGGAGGGCAUCAUGGAGAUCUUUGACAUGCUGCUGUCGGCCACGUCCCGCUUCAGGGAGCUCAAUCUGCAGAGGGAGGAGUACGUGUGUCUGAAGGCCAUGAUCCUCCUCAACUCCAACAUGUGCACCAGCGUCCCGGAGACGGUGGAGGAGGUUGAGAGCCGCGGCCGUCUGCUACGGCUGCUGGACCUGGUGAUCGACGCGCUGGUCUGGGCCAUCUCCAAGCUGGGCCUCUCCACCCAGGAGCAGACCCUGCGUCUGGGACACCUCACCAUGCUGCUGUCUCACAUACGCCACGUCAGCAACAAAGGCAUGGACCACCUGUCCACCAUGAAGAGGAAGAACGUGGUGUUCGUCUACGACCUUCUCCUGGAGAUGCUGGACGCCAACACCUCCACCUCCACCGGCGAUCCCAUGACCUCCCCGUCCUCCACCUCUGACGCCUCCUCCCACCAGCCCACUGGGCCGGAUCGCCAGGGCUUGGGGGAUUCCGCCAUGAGCACCAGCCCCGAGCAGAGCACCCUCCUCAGUCACACCCAGGACCAGGCCCUGUCCCUGGGGUCCCAGCUCCUGGACCAACCCCCCCAGGGACCUCCACCACCAGAGCCCCAGGGAGCCUGCCCCGCUAUGGAGGGAGACGGGUUCAUCCACGGGAUGCAGUGGCCGGGGGCGGAGCAUCCCCUGGGGGCGGAGCCUGACUACAGUCUGGGUGGGGCCCAGGCCAUGGACACUAUCUGAGGACCGGGUCCAGGGGCAAGACCCGUUCCAGGGGGAGAAUGGCACCGACGUAAGCUAGGAAUGAAGAGACUUGGACUGACCCAUUGCGGUACUCUUGGUUGGGUCGGCUUAGCUCAGGAGGUAGAGCAGUUGUCUUGUAACCGAAAGGUUGCUAGUUCGAUCCCCAGAGUGUCGAUGUGUCCCUGAGCAAGACAAUUAACCCUAACUGCUCCUGACGAGCUGGCUGUCGCCUUGCACGGUUGACUCUGCCGUCGGUGUGUCAAUGUGUGUAUUAACCAAAGCGUAAGUUGCUUUGGAGAAAAGCGUCUGCUAAAUUCCCUAAUUGUAAUUGGUGAGGUAAAUACGAUCCCUAAAAACAGACAGAAGGGGUUCAAACAGAAUAUUUCUCCGUCUUUUUUGGUAUUCUACGGGAAACCCCGUUGUUUUUGUGCAGUUUGAUCCAUAUGUGGUGUGUUCUCGGUCCUGUGAAUGUGAACGUUUGACACAGAUGGACCGGCCGGCCUCUGUGUCAAACUGCUAUUUUACGAUUAUGAAACGUGUUUGUAUUGCCCAUCACUGUACGGACCCCCCCCCCCCCCCCCCCCACCAACGAGCCAUAUGUGUCGUGGAGACCUCAGCUGAAGGUCAUGUGUUAGCGUAGUCCGUCUGCCCGUCUGUCGCUGUACGUCCUCGUGAAGCUGCCUCUUUGGGGGCUUGGUGCUGUGUGUAUCUCUACUUUGGAUCUGCUUCAUGGCGGGUCUGCUACUCUUCUUUGUUGUUCUCAGCAGCUGUAGUCUAGGUCUGAUCCUCAGAUCCGAGCCGCUCAAGUCUGAGCCACCUCAGGUCUGAGGAUCAGCUCUGAGGCUCCUCAGGUCUGAAGCCCCUCAGCUCUGAAGCCCCUCAGUUCUAAGGCUCCUCAAAUCUGAGUCCCCUCAGCUGCAGAUGUUUUUCUACUCUUUCUAUGGACGCCUGAUACGUGAGACGUAAAGUGUCCUUGCUAUGACUGUUAACGGAGACUCCCUCCUGGCCAUUUGAAACUCUAAUCCAUGCUGACGCUGUUCAGCGUGCUCAUGUGCGUGGCACGUGAAGGACAUUAUGUUUGAAUCUUGAAAACGCAAACGUACACCUUUAAAAUCCUCUGAUACAAAGAAGUUUGAGUUCAAAUUUGUCAACCAAUAAUCAGGGCCUGUGGACUAAAGAUGUUGAGCUUUUCAAAAGGAUGAAGAACCUUCUGGCUGCGCCACCCGUCAGCAUGAACCACAACGACCGACUGAAAGGUUUGAGUAACAGGGAAGUUGGAAACGCCCUGAUGUCCGUGUCAUUAAAGAGACCCAUGCCACAUGAAGGAGAGGUGUGUGGUUAUACACCAAGCCAUAUAUGUUAUGGAUACCAUGUGUUCAAUGUAUGUAAUGUACCUGUUGUGCAACAUAUAUAUGACAUGCAUGUCUUAUGUUGUAUGAUGUAGAGCGGGGAACUCGUGUUUCACCGACCCGCCAAGUAUUCGUUAUGUUUGUUUCUCUCAAAUGUGACCACAUGCACACUCUACACACGUGUAAAGUCCUUUUUUACCAAACACACACACUUACACAGUUUGGAAACACACCAUGACCAAAGCAUGUUUAAUGCCUUUUCUCAGAAUGACAAUCAAUACAUCCCAUAAUAAACUGUACACCGUG